AUGCCAUUGCACUGCCAUGCAAGACGCGCAUACCGUUGUGGACACAGCACACUCACUCACAUGCCGUUGACGGCGCCAAAAGGGUCGCAUGUGAUCCACGAGUCCGUGCUGCAUGGCAUGCCAGGAUACCACAUGCCAUCAGGCACACCCAUCUCUCUGCCACAUGCCUCCAGAAUUGCGCCUUGUUCAGCUGUCACAUUGAACGAUGUACCACCUACCCCCGGUCCUCCGCCUGCCCCCCCUCCUCCGGGCGCUCCCCCUUGCGCUGGCACUCCUCCGCCAGGCGCCGGCGCAGUGGGCGCAACGGGUGGCGCAACGGGCGGCGCAACGGAUGGCGCAACCGGCGGCGCAACGGGUGGCGCAGCGGGCGGCGCAACGGGUGGCGCAGCGGGUGGCGCAACGGGCGGCGCAACGGGUGCGGGUGGUGCAACGGCAACGGGUGCGGGUGGUGCAACGGCAACGGGUGCGGGUGGUGCAACGGGUGGUGCAACGGGUGGUGCAACGGGUACGUUCCCCAGAGAUACGUUCAACGCUUGUAGACGCCUGUCCGGCAAACAGACUACUAGUGACCAGCAGCCACGCGCAGACAACGAGAGCGAGAGGCAGACGAGGAGUUAA